CUACCCAUUGCAGUUUCGCCUUGGCUUUUCAAUUGGCUUUUAGUGCGAGACCGCCGCACUACAGAACACACCCCGGUUCGGCAAUGUCUGCCCACGACUACUCUAUACACUCGUUUGGAUCUGUCAGACUAUAAGGAUGGUGAAAAAAUCAGCCAACGGUAAUGUUUACCACCCCCCUGCGGGGGAGAAGAAACUGAAAGUCGGCUUUGUGGGACUGGACCCCGGGGCUGCGGAGACGAGCCGAGACGGGGCACUUCUUAUCGCCGGUUCCGAGAGCACAAAACGGGGCAGCAUCCUGUGCAGACCGAGGUCCAGCAUCUCCAGGGGGCGCAGCGCUCAUAAAAGAAACGCGCGUUAUCGCAGACUGCAAAAUUUCCUUUACAAUGCGCUGGAAAGACCCCGCGGCUGGGCGUUCAUUUACCACGCUUAUGUGUUUCUGCUGGUGUUCUCCUGCCUGGUCCUGUCAGUGUUCGCAACGAUCAAAGAACACAAGAAAAGCUCUGAGAGUGCCUUGUACAUCCUGGAAGUUGUGACAAUCGUGGUGUUUGGUGUGGAAUAUAUUGUGAGGAUUUGGGCAGCCGGGUGCUGCUGUCGCUACAGAGGAUGGAGAGGAAGACUGAGAUUUGCACGCAAACCCUUCUCUAUCAUCGAUAUCAUGGUCCUUUUUGCCUCAGUGUCUGUGUUGGCCGCUGGCUCACAGGGAAAUGUUUUUGCCACCUCUGCCAUACGGAGUCUGAGGUUUCUUCAGAUCCUUCGAAUGCUGCGUAUGGACCGCCGCGGUGGCACAUGGAAACUCCUGGGAUCUGUUGUUUACGCACACAGCAAGGAACUCAUCACGGCGUGGUAUAUUGGAUUCCUUUGUCUUAUCCUGGCGUCUUUCUUGGUGUACUCCGUGGAGAAGGAUGACAAUGCAGAGAUGUUCGACACGUACGCAGACGCCCUCUGGUGGGGGCUGGUCACUCUUACAACUAUUGGUUAUGGGGAUAAGUUUCCUGUCACAUGGAAUGGGCGUCUAAUUGCUGCCACAUUCAGUCUGAUCGGUGUAGCUUUUUUCGCUCUUCCUGCGGGAAUCCUGGGCUCAGGAUUUGCUCUAAAGGUUCAAGAGCAGCACAGACAGAAACAUUUUGAGAAGCGACGUAACCCUGCCGCGGCUCUUAUCCAGGCAGCUUGGAGAUUUUAUGCCACAAAUCUUUCACGGACAGACCUGCUUUCCACAUGGGACUUUUAUGAGCAGACUGUGUCGGUCCCAAUGUACAGACUCAUCCCUCCUGUAAAUCAACUCGACAUUUUAAGGAGCCUGACAGGAAAAUCUGGUUUCAGGAAGGACUCCCAGCUAGAAGUCACUCCAAGUAGUGAGAUUUCACACAAAGACACCCUGUGUGGGUGCUGCCCGAGAAGCAAUAGUGGUAAGCCCAGCUUGAAAGAGAAAGGCAGUCCCUCUAAGAGCACAGGGGGGAAGGAGGCUAAGACCCCCAAGGCAGAGGAGGGAGUCAAAGAGAGUCCAAGCAAAGUGACCAAGAGCUUGAGCUUCACAGAGCGGAACAAAGCAAAACACGCUUUCAGGAUGAAAGACGGAGCUUCUCGGCAGAACUCUGAAGAGGCAAGUCUUCCAGAUGAGUUUGGGGACGACAGGGGUCUCCACUGCGAGUUUGUGCCAGAUCUGUCUCCAGGACUCAAGUUCACCAUCAGAGCAAUCUGUAUUAUGCGGUUCCUGGUGUCUAAGAGGAGAUUUAAAGAGAGCCUCAGGCCCUAUGACGUGAUGGAUGUGAUUGAGCAGUAUUCAGCAGGCCAUCUGGACAUGCUGUCACGCAUCAAAAACCUUCAGUCCAGGAUAGAUUUGAUUGUGGGUCCCCCUGCCCCCUCGACCCCUCGUCACAAGAAAGUGGAUCAGAUUUUGGGAAAGGGAGCUGCACAAGGAGAAAAGGACAAGCCCAAAAGCGACACAGAGAUGGCUGAGGACCCAAGCAUGAUGGGACGUCUGAGCAAAAUGGAGAAACAGGUGGGGGCAAUGGACCUCAAACUCAACUUUUUGGUCAGCUUGUACACCACCCACAUGGGCAUCCCACGAUCUGAGACUGAAGCCCUUCUGGGCUUUAAAAUGCCUUACCCUGCUCCUCCUUACCACAGCCCUGACCAUAAGAGUGAGAAAGCACAGAACGAGAAAGAGGAUGCGUCCCCUGUCCAUCCCGGUCCCAACGGGACUCCCACUGACAGCGAAUGUAGGCCCUCUACCUCAUGGCAUCAGCAGGAUGAGCAUCCCCUCAGUGUGCCUCUCUGGAACAACAGCCGAGGAGUUUCGCCGAUAGGCACCGACGACCCCUCGCUGUACCGCAUCCCACCUCCACCGUUCCACGAGAACGGGGAUAACAGUCGCUCACGGAGGUCCAGGAGAUCCGUCCAGCAGCAGGCGGCCGAGAGCGACACGUCCGUCUCCAUUCCCUCAGUGGACCAUGAAGAACUAGAGCGUUCUUUUAGCGGCUUUAGCAUUUCUCAGGCCAGGGAAGAGGAUUACGUGCCUCCGGUGGGUCUGAGGCUUAUUGGUGGAGGCGGCGGGAUGCUGUGUACCCGUCUCAGGCCUUAUCUGGCAGAGGCGGAGUCGGAUACGGACUCUGACCUCUGUACGCCAGGAGCGCCAUCCCCUCUUUCGUUUACAGGAGAGGGGCCUUUCAGUGACAGGAUGUGGCCUGGUCUGAAAUAGUAUGGAGUUUCUUGUGCAGACCAGUGUCCUGGAUGCACUGUAGCUGAUGGAUGUGUAUGAGGCCAUUUAAACCAUUGUCCAUCUCAAAAACAAAAAUGUGGGAGUGAUUACAGACUGCAUUGAUGCAAAAGUCAAUCUUAAACAUUGCAAUUUAAAAAAGAGCCCAAUCAUGGAGGCAAAGGAUGUGUGCAUUCACAAGCGGAAAAGAUUGUGUGUAUUCAAGUACAGCCUAGGCAUGGAUCUUCCAAACAAAGAAGACACCUCUUCUGUAUUAGUUUGCAUAGUCACCACAGCUAAUGCAGAAUCAAAUGCACUUUUCCUUACAACUAUAAUUUUGAUUAAUGAUAUAUUUAUUUAUUUAUUAGUAUCAUCUUUUUUUCUGAAAUGUGUUAUGAGACUGUUAUGAAAAUGUGUAGUUAAUCAGGGCAUGUGUUCAUAGUAAACAUCUUAAAUUGAAAGGUUCAUUUAGAGAAAAUAAUUUCAGCCAAAGAAAAAGAGCAGAAAGCUGAGCAUGCCUUACUUCUUCCCUAUUACAUUUCUCAUCUGUAGGAUAGAAAGAUUGAUUCAUUUUGUAUAGCUACUUUUAAAAUCAAAGCACUUAUGGAUAAAGACACAUACUUUUGGAGGAACUAUUAAUAUUUGUACGAACCUUGGUGAUGGUCAGAGGAGAAAUAUCCAUGCUAUUGUAUGCAGUCAGUUUUGAUUUUCUAGAUUUGGUAACUUGCAUUAUGAUAUCAUGAUUUAUUCUGUAGAGAAGAAGACACUGAAUAAUAAUCAGACCUAAAAAUUAAUUAAAUGCAUGGCAUGUUUAUGGAAUAUAGCUUGUUGACAACCUAAUAGGAUGACAAAUGAGAUUAGAAAGAAAUGGCGUUGAAAGAAAGUCCCUUUAACUGCAGUCACAUAUAGUCAGGGAUAAACGAACUGAAAAGGUAUCAAAAGUAUUUAUUU